GUUCUCGCCCAUACAAAAAUUAUGUCUUCACAAAUUUUAAAGUUAGCUUUCGUGCAUCCGGACCUUGGAAUAGGUGGUGCAGAGCGACUAGUAGUCGACGCAGCUGUUGGUUUACAAACUAAAGGUCAUCAAGUCGUUAUUUACACUUCUCACCACGACCCAACACAUUGUUUUGAGGAAACCAGAAAUGAUACACUUGAGGUCCGAGUUCGCGGAAAUUAUAUUAUACCACGUACAUUCUUUGGGUCAUUUUAUAUUAUAUGUGCUAUAUUAAGACAAAUUCAUUUGACCCUUUCGAUGAUAUUUUGGGAUAGAGCAAAAUAUGACGUUAUAUUUGUGGACCAGUUAUCCGCAAGUGUGCCAUUAUUAAGAUUGACUGGUGCAAAGGUUUUAUUUUAUUGCCAUUUUCCUGAUAAGUUAUUAACACAAAGAGAAUCAUUAAUAAAAAAAAUUUACAGAUAUCCGGUUGAUUUAAUAGAAGAAUUGACAACUGAUAUGGCGAAUUGUAUAGUAGUUAAUAGUAAAUUUACUGCAAAGAUAUUUCAUGAAUCAUUUCCCCAUAUAAAACGUACACCACGAGUGCUUUAUCCGGGGAUACAUUUUGAUUCAUACGAUAAAAAAGUUGAUUUAAAAGAUAAAUCUGUUGAGAUAUUAGAAACAUCGAAAAAGAUUAUAUUAUCAAUUAAUCGAUUUGAAAGAAAAAAGAAUAUCAUACUUGCAAUUCACGCCUUUGCAAAAUUACGCGAUGAUAAUUUAAUAUCAGCCAAUCAAUUUAAUAAUUUACGGUUAGUUAUAGCUGGUGGAUACGAUUAUCGUGUCCAAGAAAAUGUGGAUCAUCAUAAAGAGUUAUAUCAAGAGGCAUCAAAACUAGAGCUAAAGCCUUCUACAUUAAUGCCAGGUUCAGCAGAAUUACUACCAGAAAAUUCAGAAAAUUCUCAAGUCAUUUUCUUAUGUUCUUUUAAUGAACCACAACGAACUUAUUUGCUUUCAAAAGCAUUAUGUCUUUUAUAUACUCCAUCAAAUGAACAUUUUGGAAUUGUACCUGUAGAAGCAAUGUAUGCUCGUUUGCCAGUUAUAGCAAUUAAUAAUGGUGGUCCAAAGGAAACAGUAAAAGAUCGCAUCACAGGACUCCUUUGUUCAUCUACUCCUAUGGCAUUUUCACAAGCAAUCGCUUCUUUUAUUAAUGGUGAAUAUGAUCGUGACAAUAUGGGAGAUCAAGGAAGAAAACAUGUUCAAAAAAUAUUUUCUUUGGAAGCUUUUGUUAAUACUCUAGAAGAAAUUCUUAUGCAAUUAAUUAAAGAUUCUUCCCCAUUUUCUUUACUGAACCCUUUGUCAUUAUGGCUCUCAUUGACUAUAGCUUUAAUUUUAUAUUAUGUUUAUCAAUAUCCUUAUAUAUUCUAAAAUUACCGGCAUAAUAUAAAUAUGAUACUGUUAUCGGUUCUUGGAUUUUCCUCUCCCGCCACCGCCACCACUACCUCCUCCACGGCCACUAGAGCUUCCGGCUCUGCUUCCUCCUAUAAAAAUAGCUAAUUAGUUUAAUAAAAAAAAAAUUAGCGACGAAAAGGACAAACCUCUACCAGUAUUUCCACCACGAGAACCACCUGUUCAAUUAAAUUUUUUUUUUUUUAAUAUAAAUAAUUAGAUUAAGAAUAAUAAUGAAUAUUCAAUCGAUUAGAACUACUUACGUCCUCGAUUUCCACUGCUUGGCCCUGGUCUUUGUCGUAAAGUAUCCUCCUUUACCAUUUCCAUGAUCUGAAAUAUUAAAUAAAAUAAUUAAAUAAUGAUUAAGAGAAACCAUUUUAAAUCAAUUAAAUACAAUACAUACCUCAUCUGGUAC